AAUUAUUUGAUAGGACGCAUCCGCCAUCAUCAAUCUCCAUUCUCCAAUCUCCAUCCAUCUCCCACCGUUUCCCUUCUUUUCCUGCUCUCUCUUCCCCAGUUCCCCUGCUUUACUUGCUCCAUCAGCGAUAUAAUAUUAAUUCUGUUCGGGCAUGGCGGUCCUCAACACCUGACCCACCAACCUCACUCUCUCUCUCUCUCUCUCUGCCUGUAUUCAUCUUCCCUAUUCAUACAGUCACUGCGUGGGGCAGUCGGUACAUAACUUUGCAGCAUUAUAUGUGCAUAUGAGCUUUGACUUGUAUACUCUUUAGACAGCAGCUUUCCAACUCGACGAGAGAAGAAAUUACUUGAGGAAAAUGGAGAGAUACGAGCUAGUGAAGGAUUUGGGAGCUGGUAAUUUCGGGGUGGCGAGGCUGUUGCGGCAUAAGGAAACCAGAGAGCUUGUUGCCAUGAAAUACAUCGAGCGAGGUCACAAGGUUGUUCUGACUCCAACCCAUUUGGCAAUUGUGAUGGAGUAUGCUGCUGGUGGGGAGCUCUUUGAGCGCAUCUGCAGCGCUGGCAGAUUCAGUGAAGAUGAGGCUAGAUACUUCUUUCAACAGCUGAUCUCUGGUGUUGAUUUCUGCCACUUCAUGCAAAUCUGCCACAGAGAUUUGAAGCUGGAAAACACGCUUCUUGAUGGAAGCCCUGCACCUCGCUUGAAGAUUUGUGAUUUUGGAUAUUCCAAGUCAUCUUUGCUGCACUCAAGGCCCAAAUCGACGGUGGGAACUCCAGCAUACAUAGCGCCGGAGGUUCUAAACCGCAGAGAAUACGACGGCAAGGUAAAGGACAAUUACGUUACAUAGGAUCGACCUAUACUUCUUCAUUGAUUCGAACACGUAACCCACCUGCUACUGAAAUAUAAAUCUAUUAAAAUAGUAGGGUGUGAUGGUGUUCAUCAAUUCACCGUUGGCUGGUUUCGGUUGUAGUAAUUGGUUUGUUUUGUUUAUAGUUGAGAAAUUUGUCAUUUUCAAGGGUCCUCGAAACAUUUUUUUUUUUUAAGUAUUGGGGUAAGAGAUGUAGUGAUCUCUCCUUGUGGGCAAACCCAUGAAUCAAGGACCGGCCAAAGCUGGCUGCACAUGCCAUACGCUGGUGUUAGAUGUGCAAAACUGUUUGCUUUUUGGACACUUCACUUUGGUCCUCGAGGGUCUUGAGUACUUUCUACUCCUCACCAUGUUGUCAAUGGUUUCUUUAUUGAUAUCUUAGCUUUCUGGAUCUUCCACUCUAAGACUAGUUUAAUUGAAGAUUGAGAAAACGAUAGAGAAAUCAGUUGUUACCUAUAGGUUUGACCUUUACCACAUACACAAGAUGGUGGUGAUUGGUGAUGACCUGGCCUACUCUCAGUCCCGGUAAAUAUCGAAUGAGCUUUUGCAUAGGGGAGGAGGAGCUGUGGUUCCUUAUUGCAAGUGAAUGUAGAUAUCAAGUGUGUUAUGUUUACUUCACUUCUAUGUAUGUGAUAUGCCAUGACACUCAGUUCUAGUUAUUUUUGCAUUGUUCAGUUGGCAGAUGUGUGGUCCUGUGGAGUUACUCUCUAUGUGAUGCUUGUGGGAGCAUACCCUUUUGAAGACCAAGAUGACCCCAAGAACUUCCGCAAAACAAUCCAGAAAAUAAUGGCUGUGCAGUACAAGAUCCCCGACUAUGUGCACAUAUCUCAAGAGUGCAGACACCUGCUGUCUCGCAUAUUUGUUGCAAAUCCACUGAAGAGAAUCUCCAUAAAGGAUAUAAAAAGUCAUCCCUGGUUCUUGAAGAACUUACCGAAAGAGCUGUCCGAGUCAGCUCAAUCCAUGUACUACAAGAGAGGGGAUGAUCCGAGGUUCCGUGUUCAAAGCGUGGAGGACAUUAUGAAAAUCGUGACCGAGGCACGGCAGAAGCCUACAUCAACAACCCCUGUCAAGGGCUUCGGGUGGGGUAGAGAGGAAGAUGAAGAGGAAGACAUAGAUGGAGAGGUAGAGGAAGAAGAAGAUGAAGACGAAGAAGAGGACGAAUAUGAUAAAAGAGUAAAGGAAGUUCAUGCUAGUGGGGAGUUUCAAAUCAAGUGACAAAUUCUAUACAUAGAAGCGAAAACAGAAGAAAAACAUGUGUUAAAACUUUUGUACGAUUAAACUCUUUUAGGUACAUGAGGAUAUGGAUGCUGUAGUAAUUUGUCUACCUUCUAAAACUUAUUCAGUUUAUUGCAUACAGUUAGUAAACUUGUCCAAUAGCAGCUGCUACUGAAUUUCGAGUGUUCUUAUAUGUUGUAACAAACUCUUAAUUUCCAAUAUUUGUCUACGAAUCUGUGUCCUUUUGCUUCUUCCUCUCUGUUUUUAGGCUUUAACAGGU